AAUACUGAUGAGUAACCUAGUUAUGUUUGAGUAAAGUAUUGCUGUUUAUUCUGAUGGGAGUCAAAUCCUGCUAGCAUGUUUUGGGGAUUAGAGUUAGUGAUAGCUCAGAAUUGUUGCAAUGUACUCUCCUUGAAAUAUAUUUAUUUCUCACUGAUACAAUUAAAUUACAAAUACAGUGAGCCUCAGUGUUUAUACUUCUGCCUUAAAAACCUAUCUCAUCUGUCACUUUUGCCCAAGUAACCUUGUUGGACGAGUGCUUAAUCUGCCUGAAUGGUGACAAGGUGCUCCCAGGGUAGAAUUAUUCUUGUUUUCUAACUAUGGAGCAAGUAGGGAAAUUCCACUUGCCCCCUCUGUGUGCUGAAACAAUGUGGAAAGUAAUGUUUUGCUGAUACCCUCCCCCCCAAAAGCAAAGUACAUGCUAAAUCUUAAUUUUUAAUACUUUAAAUAAAUGCUUUCUUAUAUUAAAAAAAUUAUCUCUGGGCAUUUUUUCUCUGUUGGCAAUCUAUGGUUAAUAGAAAACAUACCUGGUAAAUAAUAGUUCUGUAUGACAUCUGAGGAAAAUGUACAUUUAAUGGUGAAUGAAAUCUUAUAUUAUGAGUUACUGUGAGAUAUAACAGUUGAUCUUACAGAUAUCAAAUUACAAUAUAUCCAUGCUGUGUUUACCAUGAUUUUACUGAGAGAACAACAGGAGCUGUCUUGAUUAUUGUCUGCAGGGUUAUUGCAGAAUCACAGCAACUGCCCCUUUAGUGGUGAGAUUAAACCUUUGGUUAUACACCAUCAAGCAUAUAAUAUUUUAAAUUUAUUUUAAGAGGCUUUUUCUUCAUGCCUGAAAGAUCUCCAAGCAAAUAAUUUAUAUUUAGUGUGUAUCAAAUGUUUUUAGUUUAAAUGCACAUAGGCUGCAAGCGCUGGAUAAGAGGAAAAAAAUCAAGGCAAUCUAUACACAUCAUCAUAUUAAGUUCUGACUAUUGGCUCGCAAAAAUAAUCUAAAACUAAUAUGUUUCAUUUAUGUUUAAAAUUCAGAGGCUGCAUUAAUUUUCAAUAAGGGAAAUAUUGAAGUGCCUACUGGUGCUGCUGUGGUUAAGGCAGGCAGAAUAUCUCCAGCAGUUUCUCAGGAGCUUUGCAGUGUCUGUGCCUGCUGGCUCCCAUGUGAAAUUCUGCAUGUGCAUUCUUCCACUCACAGACAGGGCUUUUCAGAAAUAAACUAUUGGCAGAAAGCUGCAAAAUUUGAACAGAUUUUUGAGCAUUUGGAAAAUUGUGACAAUUCUUUUCCUUUUAACAAGGGCUGAGGUUUGUGGAAUGGCCUGGGAGUGUUGGUGUUGGAAGGAGGAGUUGCUCCUGUGUUUGCUUUUAUGCAAACUCUGGCAAUGACCCCAUGAACUUGGGGGUUUUGGCCACAGAACCUCUAAUGAAAAAAAUAACUUACUGAUUUAUUUUAUAUAGAAAAACAGUUUUUGUAGCAUCCAUACAAUCUUUAUUUCAUAAAAAAAAUUUAAAAUUUAGUACUCUUAUUUAGAUCUUGAUUGUGCAAGAGCUGAGUGUUUUUGUUUCAACUGAAUAAUUUGCUCAUGUAAGACCUUUUAAGUAGUCAGUGACACAGAAGGAUGUUGAAUAGAAUUGGGUGAAUAACAAUAGGGUCUUAAAAUGCUCAGCUUCAGUAUAUUUCCAUUAAAUUAUUUUCUUUUCCAUUUUUCAGUGCACUUUUUGAAGUAUAUUUCUAAAGCCAUGAAUCCAGUAAUGGGUUGGGUGUGGGAUUAGUGGCUAGUCAUGCAUUUCCCCUUCCAGGGACAUGUUCAGAUCUGGAGUCCCAGUAUUCCUCCUCCCUGUUCCCUUUGGUUCUUCAUUGCUUGUUGUAGCACUGGCACACGCCAGUGCUUGUGAAAGCAUCAGCCAUACAUGAAGAGAGAGCUUCCUUCCUUAAGUAAUGCUAUUUGAGGCAAAUUAUUUAAAAUGAUCAAUUUAAAUUUCCUUUAUCUGCAGGGCCCAGUUCAGAAAGUGACCCCACUCUUAGGGAUGGCCAUGGUAGCGGUUUGCUCAGCAAAGGGCAGCUGUCCCAGUACAAAAAGCAGGAUGCUUUGCUUCUAUAGUAGCACAGCUUCUGUGGCAAGUGAUUUCUCCUGGCCCUGAUCAGAUUAUUCAGUAACACACAGCAAUCAGACCUUAGUGUCUUCUUUUCAGGUUAAUGAAGAAAUGUUGAGUGACUUUCAGCCAUGAAAUGAUGGAAAUGUUUAAUCCUGCUGUGAGGGGGGGAUUUUCAUGCCAGGCUCUUCCCACAGAGUCCUCUCCUGCACUUGAGACAUGUGCCAGGCCUUGUUCUUCAGUGGCUGCUUGGAGUCCAUUUCUCAAAUCCAGUUCUCCUGAGGCAAAGGCUGGGUUCUGUAAAUAGCAUUAAGUAAUUGAUUGUUAUUGUUGACACCAAGUUUCCAUUAUAUUCCUUCCUCCCCCAAAACAUCUCAGUGCAUUUUGCUAAGAUUCAUGAGUUUGUCCUUCUUCUUUGAAGGAAGUGAAUUAUGUUUUCACUCUUAUGUGGGCAAGGGACAGAAAGACUUGCCUAAAAUGUCUGGCAGAAAUCUGCUGUCAGAGCAAAGCAGCAGCAAGCAUCUUUUGUAAAUCAGUUCUGUGGAAUUUGGUUUUAAUGUCCAAGUGGCAUAAAAACCUAAAUUCUUUUUUCAGGAUGAGUUCAACAACUUAAAAUAGGUAUAAAGUAGGGUGGUUACACCAGAGUUCAGCUGUGAAGCAAAUGAGUCAAACAUAAGAGUAUCAGAUAAUUUUUCAAAAUGAAUGCUGAAAAAGAUUUCAUUCUGCUUAUGAAUCUAAGAAAAUCAAUAGUAAUAUUUUGAGAGUUGUGUUAUCAACUAUGACAUUCAUUUUUUCAGCACAUUUAUAGAUUGCUUUCCUGAAUCAUCCUCAGAAAACCUGUAAUUUGCAUCUUGGGUCAGCAUUGUUAAGUGUGCUGCUCUGUGCUUUCAGUUGCCUUUUAUUGCAGAAUUUACUACCAUAUAUAUGUUUAUUGUUUUGAAGUACAAGUAAACAAUAUCAUCAAGGCUGACAUUUAUAUGCCAGCUACUUCAUGGAGGAGCUGAUUUCUGACCAUCUUUAGAAUGGCAGGGGUCCAUUAAAAGACUUUUUUCAGACAAAUUUAAGUAUUUAAGAAUGCAUUUAGAAAAAAAGGCUUUUUUAGAGGGAGUGUAGUUGCUUUUGCACACAGUAAAAUCCCUGCAGCCACUGAAACACUGUUGCAAAGUCCUGUGGAAAGCCAGGUGUCUGCCUUGGGAAUGAAUUCCUUGUCCCAGUUCACCAAACCAUUUCUCUUGUGGGUAGCAACACGUAGCGUGAGCCUUAUUUACAGUUUAGGUAGAGAAGUAUCAGAAGGGAUGCUUGAAGAUGUGACAGAAUCCUGGUGGUUGAGCCAUCUUUCAGGAGUGUUGACUCUUGAUAGGAAUACAAAGUUAAUGGGAAAAUCAGAAUUAAUUAAAAUUUUGCUCAUUUAUGUCAGCUCAAACCGAGGUCAGUGUAUGAGCAGUGUAUUACAAAUGAUAAUUUGAAGAAUUUGCCUCUUAAAAAGCAUAAACUGGAUUUUCAGUUCUUUUUCUAAAUACUGGUGGUGUUAUAACUUGGGCUUGAACAUGGAGUGAGGUACUCCAAAUCCUAGUGAAAGAACUGCUUCUUUGCACCAUGAAAAAUUCUAAUUCUGAACAAGACAUGCACAAUCUAAAAUAAUCAUUUACCUAUCUUAAUACACAUUAUUAGAAAAUAAUCUAGCUAUUAUGUUUGUCAUCCCAUGUCUUUUAGAAAUGAGUUAUUAAUCUGUCAACUGUAUGUGUUAAACAGUUAAUUUUUCUGUAGUUUUGGUGUUUUUUGAUUUAGUAGCAGAAAACCAUUAACUCUUUAGCUGUGAAAUUGAACCAACUUGAAUUUGUCAACAGGAAGAAGGUGGAGAGUGAUUAUGAGGCUCUUCAGGAGCGACUGCAGACAUUGCCUGACAAGUUGUCCUACGAUGUCAUGGUACCUUUUGGUCCUCUUGCCUUCAUGCCAGGAAAGCUUGUCCACACCAAUGAGAUCACUGUUCUGCUGGGGGACAACUGGUUUUCCAAAUGCUCAGCAAAGCAGGCCAUUGAGCUGGUUGAGCACAGGAAAAAACGUAUGUAUGAAAGCACUGGAUGAUUUGCAAAAAGUCAUGAAGAAUUUUGAAUCACGAGCUGAAUUCACAGAAGAUUUGCAGAAAAUGAGUGAUGCUGCAGGUGAAUAUGUAGACAUAAGAGAAGAAAUUGAAGAUGAUAGCAUUGAAACAAAAGGAAAAUACCGAACUGCUCACAAACCUCAUUCAAAGCCAAAAGUAUCAAAUGUUUUUGAGGUAGAUUUUCCAGCAAAUGGAAAUGAUACAAAACCAAUGGGUCGUUUUCAGUCAGAGGAGGAGCUGUGGGCCCGUUUAGAAGAGCUCGAGAGACAAGAAGAGAUGCUUGGUGAACUUGACAGGAUGCCCGAUGCAGUUCAGGUGAAUGGAGAAGAUGCAACCUCUUCUGAAGACGAGAGGGAGGACAAGGACACAGAUGUGAAUGGGACCUGUAGGGCAGAGGACUGUAUUACUCAGGGCAACUUCCAUAAAGAAUUUGGGAAUUCAGACUUGUUUGUGCGCCACCUUAAUGGCUCCACUUAUCACAGUGAUGAUGAAGAUGACAGAGAUGUUGGACAUAACUCUGUUCCAACUAUUUAUUUCUCUCACACUGUGGAACCUAAAAGGGUAAGAAUAAACACAGGAAAAAAUACUACUUUGAAAUUCAGUGAGAAGAAAGAAGAGGCCAAGCGUAAAAAGAGGAACAGCAGUGGCAAUGGCCAUGCAGCUCCAGAGCUGCCCAUCAUCAAAACCCCAGCAGACAUUUACAGAUACUUUGUUGAUGUUGUGAAUGGAGAAUAUGUCCCUCGUAAAUCAAUCCUGAAGUCCCGGAGCAGAGAGAACAGUGUUUGCAGCGAUACCAGUGAGAACAGUGCUGCUGAGUUUGAUGACAGACGAGUUCAGAGGAGUGUUAGCUGUGAUGAAGCCACUCAGAGUGACAACAGUGAAGGCAUCCUCGAGGAAGAGGAGGGGGAGGAGAAGCAGCAGCUACCGAAAAAGCUUCCUCCCUCUUCAGGGACAACUGAGGCAUUUUCUGGAACUGUCAUAGAAAAGGAGCCUUUGUCUCCCUCCGCAAUGCCACACCCAGUGCUGGCUCACCCAGUGCUGCCCACCAUUCUGGAGCGCAAAUCCGAGGAGCUCUUGUCCGACGCCCCAGAAGAGCCUGUCAAGAGGAUUUCCAAAUUCAGAGCUGCCAGGAUGCAGCAGACUCAGUAGGUGCUGCUGAGCCCAAGCACGAGCGCUCUUGCCUGCCUUCACCUCUCUGGAGAUGGUAUAAAGGCUUCUCUGUAGCACCCAGCAUUACCAGAGUGUCCUGUGGUAAUUUGGCACCGUUAUCUCCUCAACGUUUGCUGGCAGCAUUAGGAAAACAAACAGUUCAGUGUUUGAACACUUGAGUAUUCAUCUUAUUUUGUCGGUUUCCCUGUGUGCUGUCAGCACCUUUGUAUAUGUUUGCCUUAUGAUAGCAGCACUUGGGUUCUUUUUUCAAAAACUGUUCCUUACAUACAUUGUUUUUGUGUUUAAAACUAAAUACAGGCAGUUUUGUGCCAGCUGUGAUGUUCUACAUACCAUAUGGACCAUUUUAAGGAAACUUUUCACAUUUCAAAUAGAUUCACCAAUUAUAUUACAUUACUUGCUUUAGCAUUUUAACACACACUUGUAUUCACAUUGCUGUAGGUUUUGCAACUAGGUGUCUGCUAAAAGUUUUUUUCCUUCUUUCAAACCUCUCUGAUAUCUCACUGUACAGGUCUAUAAAAUGCCAGGUUCAUGUACAUUGCAGGGAAGUUUCUUUGAUGGAAAAGGGUAUUUUGUAAAAUUAAAUUUUCAGUAAAAAAGCUGUGAAACUGGUGUGGUUUUUGUUGCUUUACUACUAAUUUGGAAGCUCCACAGAGAGGUUUUUAUUUUGAACUUGCAUUUCUAGCUUGAAGUGUUUACUACCACAUGGACAUAAAAGCAGUCCAUUCUCUUCUGCCAUUGUGUUUUAACCUCCUGCUAAUGAAUGUCCAUGGAAAUUGAAUGCUCUUAAGGAGAGAAGCAUAAACUCAGACUCUUGAUUACAAAAUCUCCUAGUUCUUUUGUGUACUCAGAAAACAUUGUAAUUGUCUUGGGAAUGCCCAGAGGGAGUCAGCACUAAGGAAAAAUGUCUUAAUGCUUCAGCUUUAUUUCAAAAUGCAACAGCACUGCAGCACUCAGGCUACAGUUUGGUGUAUCCUUGUCAACUGAGAGCAGUCCUGGCUUCAGGAUUCCCUGCCCAGCAGCUCCUUCCUUCCAAUCUUCUUGCCAUCCUCUCGUU